AUGGUCAAACACUGGAACAGGCAGUCCAGAAAGUCUGUCUUUGUCUCAGGAGAUGUUCAAAACUGGACUGUCUAUGGUCCUGAGCACCUUGCUGCUGUUGACUCUGCUUUGAGCACAGGGGAUGACGAAGUAGUACUUCAAUGCGUUGCCAGUGUUCACAAAGAACAAAGGAAGUUUUGCUUGGCAGCUGAGGGACUUGGGAAUCGCCUGUGCUUUUUGGAACCAACAUCAGAAGCUAAAUAUGUUCCUCCAGACCUUUGCAUCUGUAAUUUCGUCCUUGAACAGUCCCUAUCUGUCAGAGCCCUUCAGGAAAUGCUGGCCAACACAGGGGAUAAUGCUAGUGAAGGGGCAGCUCAAGGUGGUGGUCACAGAACCCUGCUGUAUGGCCAUGCUAUACUACUUCGACAUUCGUUUAGUGAAAUGUAUUUGACAUGUUUAACAUCAUCAAGAUCCCAGACGGAUAAACUUGCAUUUGACGUGGGACUGCGAGAAAAUGCAGCAGGUGAGGCAUGCUGGUGGACAAUACACCCUGCUUCUAAACAAAGGUCAGAAGGAGAAAAAGUUCGAAUAGGUGAUGAUCUUAUCCUGGUCAGUGUGUCCUCUGAAAGAUACCUGCAUCUCUCCAUGUCAAAUGGAAGUAUUCAGGUGGAUGCCUCCUUUAUGCAGACGCUAUGGAAUGUACACCCUACAUGCUCAGGAAGCAGUAUUACAGAAGGAUAUCUUCUUGGUGGGCAUGUAGUACGUUUUUUCCAUGGCCAUGAUGAGUGUCUGACAAUUCCAUCUACAGAUCUGAAUGAUUCACAGCAUAAGAAAGUACUUUAUGAAACUGGAGGAGCUGGUGUUCGAGCAAGGUCUUUGUGGAGAGUAGAACCCCUUCGAAUAAGCUGGUGCGGAAGUAACAUCAGAUGGGGACAGCCUUUCCGUCUUCGACAUAUUACAACGGGAAAGUACUUGGCGCUGAAUGAAGAUGAAGGGCUUGCAAUGUUAGACAGAGAAAAGUCGGACACAACUUCUACUGCCUUUUGUUUUAGAGCAUCAAAGGAGCUAAAAGAAAAGCAGGAUUCUAGUCUUAAACGUGACAUCGACGGAAUGGGAGUCCCAGAAAUAAAGUAUGGUGAUUCAAUCUGUUUUGUCCAACAUGUGGCCAGUGCCUUAUGGUUGACUUACAAAGCACAAGAUGCUAAAUCAGCACGUUUAGGUCCCUUGAAGAGAAAGGUUAUAUUACACCAAGAAGGCCAUAUGGAUGAUGGUCUAACCUUACAAAGAUGUCAGCACGAGGAAUCCCAGGCUGCUCGAAUCAUUCGCAAUACUACAAGCUUAUUCAGCCAGUUUAUAAGGACUUUGGUACAUCUUUCAUCUCUUGGAAACAACAGAACACUGUCACCCACUGCCCUGCCUGUUGAGGAGAUGGCUCAGACUCUGCAAGACCUGAUUACUUACUUCCAGCUUCCCGAAGAAAACCUGGAACAUGAAGAUAAGCAAAGCAAGCUUCGGUCACUCAAAAACAGACAAAAUCUAUUCAAAGAAGAGGGAAUGCUGGCAUUAGUUUUGAAUUGCAUUGAUCGCUUAAAUGACUACAACAGCGCAGCUCAUUUUGCAGGAAUUGCAAGAGAAGAACAUGGUACAGCGUGGAAAGAAAUUUUGAAUCUCCUUUACAAAUUGUUAGCUGCUCUCAUUCGUGGCAACAGAAACAAUUGUACUCAGUUUUCCAGUAACCUCGAUUGGCUAAUAAGUAAAUUGGACAGAGUAGAAUCUUCCUCAGGUAUUUUGGAAGUGUUGCACUGCAUCUUGAUUGAAAGCCCAGAAGCUUUAAAUAUAAUAGCUGAGGAGCACAUCAAAUCCAUUAUUUCAUUGUUGGAUAAACAUGGGCGCAAUUACAAGGUUCUUGAUGUGCUUUGCUCUCUCUGUGUCUGUAAUGGAGUUGCAGUUCGUGCCAAUCAAAAUCUGAUUUGUGACAAUCUGCUGCCUAGAAGAGACUUACUUUUGCAAACACGUUUGAUUAAUGAUGUGACAAGCAUAAGGCCAAACAUAUUUUUGGGUGUUGCUGAGGGCUCUGCACAAUACAAGAAGUGGUACUUUGAGUUAAUAAUUGAUCAGGUUGAUCCAUUCUUGACGGCAGAACCCACCCAUUUACGAGUUGGAUGGGCCUCUACUUCAGGUUAUGCCCCCUAUCCUGGAGGUGGAGAAGGAUGGGGAGGCAAUGGUGUUGGUGAUGACCUGUACUCUUACGGUUUUGAUGGCCUUCAUCUGUGGUCUGGCCGAGUACCCAGAGCUGUAGCAUCUGUCAAUCAGCAUUUAUUAGCAUCUGAUGAUGUGGUUAGCUGCUGCUUGGAUUUAGGUGUACCCAGCAUUUCUUUUCGCAUUAAUGGACAGCCUGUACAAGGAAUGUUUGAAAACUUCAGUACAGAAGGUUUUUUCUUCCCUGUUGUGAGCUUAUCAGCAGGUGUAAAAGUUCGUUUCUUAUUGGGUGGACGUCAUGGAGAGUUUAAAUUUCUGCCUCCUGCUGGCUAUGCUCCCUGUUAUGAAGCGCUGCUUCCAAAAGAGAAGAUGAAACUGGAACCGGUGAAAGAAUAUAAGAGAGAUUCUGAUGGAGUGAGGGAUUUGCUGGGUACAACACAAUUCCUCUCCCAAGCUUCCUUUAUCCCUUGUCCAAUAGACACCAGUUCGAUUGCUCUUCCUUUUCAUCUUGAAAAGAUCAGGGACAAACUAGCUGAAAAUAUCCAUGAACUGUGGGGAAUGAAUAAAAUAGAACUGGGCUGGACAUAUGGCAAGAUACGGGAUGAUAAUAAAAGGCAUCAUCCUUGUCUUGUGGAAUUCUCAAAAUUACCUGAGACAGAGAAGAAUUAUAAUCUACAAAUGUCAACUGAAACCCUCAAAACCCUUUUGGCCCUUGGAUGUCACAUUGUUCAUGCUCAUCCAGCAGCUGAGGAAGAUCUUAAAAAAGUUAAACUUCCUAAAAAUUACAUGAUGUCAAAUGGAUAUAAACCUGCCCCUCUUGAUCUUUCUGAAGUGAAAUUGUUACCUUCUCAAGAAUUUCUAGUUGACAAACUAGCAGAAAAUGCACAUAAUGUCUGGGCAAAAGACAGAAUAAAGCAAGGAUGGACCUAUGGCAUUCAGCAGGAUCUUAAGAACAAACGUAAUCCUCGGCUGGUGCCAUAUGCAUUAUUAGAUGAGCGUACUAAAAAAUCAAACAGAGAUAGCCUCCGUGAAGCUGUUAGAACAUUUGCAGGCUAUGGUUAUAGUAUUGAGCCACCUGACCAAGACAUAGCUGUCCAAACAGUGGAAAAAGUCAGCAUCGACAAGAUACGAUUUUUCAGAGCAGAACAGUCUUAUGCAGUGAAGUCUGGAAAGUGGUACUUUGAAUUUGAAGCUGUGACAGGUGGAGAUAUGCGUGUUGGCUGGGCCAGGCCAGGCUGUCGACCUGACAUAGAGUUGGGAGCUGAUGACCAAGCAUUUGUAUUUGAAGGAAGCAAAGGGCAGCGUUGGCAUCAAGGCAGUGGAUUCUUUGGACGAAGCUGGCAACCAGGAGAUGUAGUUGGCUGUAUGAUAAACUUGGAUGACAAAUCAAUUAUCUUUACUCUGAAUGGAGAGUUGCUUAUAACCAGUAAAGGUUCAGAACUUGCGUUUGCUGACUUUGGAAUAGAAAGUGGUUUCGUUCCAAUUUGUGCACUGGGUCUAUCUCAGAUUGGUCGUAUGAACCUCGGAAUGGAUGCCAGUACAUUCAAGUACUAUACAAUGUGUGGCCUUCAAGAAGGUUUCGAACCUUUUGCUGUCAACAUGAACCGAGAUGUUGCUAUGUGGUUUAGUAAACGCUUACCAACAUUUGUCAAUGUGCCAAAAAGUCAUCCUCACAUAGAGAUAUGGAGAAUUGAUGGAACCAUCGAGAGUCCACCUCGGUUAAAAGUUAUUCACAAAACAUUUGGCACACAGAACAGCAAUUCAGACAUGAUUUAUUGUCGUUUGAGUAUGCCCAUUGAGUUCCGCUCGUCAUUCAACUUCAGCAUGGGUGUGGAAAAUGCCUCAUCUGAUGUUUUCCAAAAACGGUUAGGCUUGGUUUUAGUUAUGCUAGUUCAUGUUCUCAAUUAUUUUUAUUCACUACGGAUAUUUGCUGGCCAAGACCCAUCCUCUGUCUGGGUUGGCUGGGUAACACCAGACUAUCAUUUUUACAGUGAGAAUUUUGACCUAAAUAAAAAUUGUACAGUGACAGUUACUUUAGGUGAUGAGAGAGGCAGGGUUCAUGAAAGUGUGAAGCGCAGCAAUUGCUAUAUGGUUUGGGGAGGAGAUGUAAUUGCUAAUUCCCAGAGAUCAGGUCGCAGUAAUGUUGAUUUGGAAAUUGGAUGCUUUGUUGACCUGGCUACUGGAAUGUUGUCAUUCACAGCCAAUGGAAAAGAGCUUGGCACUUGUUAUCAG